AUGUCUGCGGCUCUUUGGGGCCGUCGCGCCUUUGUCUCCCCUCAUCCUCAUCUUCGCAUCUCUCUUUCUGUUCUACCUCUGACCCGCCAAUCCAUCUCUCGCCAUGCUUUCUCUACCGACUCCUCCAAAAACGAGCCCUCCCCAUCCUCUCCGAAAUCCUCCUCCUUGACGCUUCCCUCCAACAAUUCCACAACUGUGAUAGCCCUCGAAUAUGGAGUCAAUGCUCCUCGAACCACGAGACCCCCUGAGCUCAAUCUCCCCGAGCGUAUCCCCUCGUCCUCAAAGCUGUCCGCCAAAUUCAAACGCUUCAUCGGAAUCGGACGAGCCUACGCCUCCUUCUACAAGACGGGGCUGAAAAAUGUCUACCACAAUUAUCGCGCCUCAUUGCCUAUCCGUCGUGCGUUGGGACUCUCCCCGUAUAUUCCUGUCUCUCCUCCUCCCACCCUCUCCACGGCGGCCAAAACGAUUGCCUUUCGCAAGGCGAUCCACACAUUCAACCUCAGCCGGUCGCAUUUUCAACUCGUCCGUCGAUCGGCCGGCGAUGCCCGCCGGAUGAUCCCCUUCACACUACUCCUCCUCAUCUGUGACGAAUUGACGCCGAUUCUCCUCCCCAUCAUCGGCAAUGCCAUCAUUCCCCUGGCCUGCUGGACGCCCGGACAGAUCGAAAAAGAGCGGAGCAUCAAAACAACACGCAAGCACGGCGCCAUGACUGCCCAUAAAGCCGACCACCCCGAUGCCCAGACUUCCUUUUCUGCUGGCUCAGAACAGGAAUUGGAAUUGCUGGCGAAACAAUAUGCGAAUGCGGAGUGGGCCGAGAAAAUCGCGUCCAGCGAGGGUGUUUUGAGGGCGUGUGCUGUGUUCAACCUCGUCAAGGCGCAUGAUCGGUUCGGACGUCUGCCUCUCGUCCCGCAGGUGUAUAGGCCUCGUCUCAGACGCUACGUGGAAUACCUGAACGUGGAUGACUCUUUGAUUCGCACCUCUGGCGGAGUUCAAGCCAUGGAUGCUCUUGAGGUGAGACUAUCCGUCGAGGAACGUGGAGGAAUCGAUGUGUCCGAGGGCAAGGUGGGAGAAGAGGCCGAGAAAGAGGAGAGAUUGUGGUUAGAACGAUGGUUGGAGAGUAGAAGAGAAUCAUGAUGAUGAUUGAUAGAACUGUAUAGUAAUGUAUGAUAGACUGCGUCUACUACAGGGAUCAUAGAACAUGAAUGUAUAAACGAUUCAAUUUGAUUAAUCAAUCCGUUGUUUGUUGAUGCUAUUCCGACAACUGCACAAGAUGCCCUCCCGUCUACCGUACAUUAUCUCCGGC